CGUUGCUGUGUUGAAGAAGCUUCUCAUCCUAUUAAAUCAGUUCUUGUAAGAAGCCACUAUAUGAGAAGUUUUCAAAGGCAAAUGGUGGUGUAACUAUCUGAAUGUUUCAUGGUCUACUGUUGCCUAUACACAGGAGUGUUGAAGUGUUUAGUAACACACAGCACUUACAUAUUUGCUGAAUGUUAUCUGCUACGAAUUGUUGGUCCAGAUAUACCUGACAGCAAGUUGCACAGUGACAUAGGAGAGGUCUGCUACAAAUGUAGACACAAGUGGAAGCCCACCCCUUCAAUGGUCAACAUGCAUGUGUUUAUGCAGGACUAGGACUCAAUUGUGCUAGGUGCUGUGCAAACACAACAGAAAGAUAGUUCUUACCCCAAAGAGAUUACUGUCUAAGUCAGACAACAGAUGGAUAUGACAGGCUACAGCUAUGUGUUUACUUCCACCAGCUUUGUCAAACUAAAAAGGCUUUGUGAGAGCAAAGUUAAUUAAGAAAGUGCAUAGGGUGCCUCCUAUCAAGAAUUGAAGAUAGAAGAUUAUUAUAAAACCCUAGCAAACUCUGGAUAGAGUGACCUAUAAGAAGAAACAUACCAUCUCUGAAGUCUUUUGCCAUAUCAGUGUAUGUUCACCCUGGCCUUAAAAUGAGAUUAUGGUUGGUCUAGCUAAGUCAUCAAGGCAAUAGCCACCUGGUUAUUAUGGUGGCCAUGAAAUCUGGAGCUGAUUCUAAGGAUUCACCAUCUACUCAGAUGUUGGAGUCACCAAGCACUAUCAGCCUUGUUCUUUCCAAUGCCACUGCAGUGUGGACACUUCAUCAGCUCAGGCAGGGACUUUGCAGUGCCGUGUGGGAAUCAGUAGACCAAAUCUAAUCCUGAUUUAACACCACAGAGGGACUCAAAUGCUAGAUGAACACCGUGAAUUCUGGAAGUCUUGUGGUAGAAGACUCCCUGUACUUCAGAAUGGUUGCAAAAUGCAUAGUCACCUCAUCUCUCUGGUGAUUCCUCUUUGGUUCAUACUGGACCAAAUACCCAGCUGGAAUCAAACAGGCCAAAAAUGGCUAAGCAGGUUUCUGUAACACAUACCAGAAUGGGGACUGUGACAGUGUGGAAUAUCUCUGAACAAAUUAUUACUUCCAUUUUGUACACUGUCUUCUAUUUUGUGUGUUGACUACCAUUUUGUAUUCUGUAUUGAAAAACCAGUUUGACCUUGGUAAGGUCAGUCUUAUGCUGCAUUCCAGAUAGGUGACCAGCGUAGGAAAAAGACUUGACAUCUAGUUGAAUGACUAUGAGUGAGAAGCCAUCACGGAGCAAUCUAGGGCCAUCAAUUUUGUCUCUUGACUGCUGUCCCAAUCCCAUGAAAUAAUGAAAACUCUGCACAGAAGCCUGACUGGGGAAGGCGCUGGAAUAUCUUAGCAUGGAUACAUGGCAAAAGAGAAUAGCUACUGUAUUUAAGGAGGAUGGCUUCUCAAUGGAGUGGGGUCAUCCACUGCUACAUGGAAAAGGAACUGGCUGGAGAAAGAAGGCAUGGGGCCUCUGCCUGGUCUGAAAUGCUGGCAAGACCUGAGAAGGGGUGAGAUCAGACUAAGGAAGGGGGCAUCGCUGAACUUCUGUUAUUUUAUAAAGAUCUGUAACUUUUUAAAGAGUAAAGUGACAGGUGUUAACCUCGGCUGAGCUUGUUCCUUGCCUUUUGCCAUGUUCUCAAAGUGGUUAACCUUUAACCCCAGAGUGACUAGAGACUAGGUGGAGCUCUGAGUGUGCGCAAGUGACUAUGGGGGCUCAGGAGGUCUAAGGCACUGAUUCCAGAGUGUGCAGGCAGCGGGACAGUGGAGUUGCACAUCCCAUGGAAGGAUUUUAAUCAAGUAGUCUGAGCAUGGAGUGUGUCUUACAGACCCAGAGCUAGGAACAAUGAUCAAGGUCUGCGUGGUGGACCCAGUUGGCUUAGAAGCAAGAACUGAUGUCCAUCCAGAGGGGGGACUGGGACAGUUAAUGACAUAGCCCUUGUCCUUAAUUAUACCAUGGACAAGUUAGAACUUUAUUAAGCACCUCUCCUGGAUUUAAGUGCCCAAAUCAGUAACUAAGCAUUUAAAAUGUUAGGCACCAAGCCUGAAGAUUUGACUUGCUAUUGCUUAGCUGCAAACAAUUUUCUCCAAGGUUGAGUUAACAAGGCAGCAAUGUAUUUGAUUCUGUGAGGGCUAUAUUUUGGCAGCUAAAAUAUAUAUAUAUUUUUAAAGUUCCUGAAAAAAGGUAAGGGUGUUGCAGAAUGCAGCAGUAAUUUUGAUGAAACUAAAAAAAUCUGAUAUCCACAUUCUGGCUCUGGCUGUUAAGGUGGUAGAUUUGGAGGAUUUUACAGCAUGUGAUUCAAUGAGUCAUUUAUAGGCUCACUCAUGCAAAUUAUGUCCCUAUAUCUUCCAUGCUAAGCAAAUAAAAUGUGUGUUUGUAUGUCACAAAGAGUGUGGAUGAGUUACAGUUUGCUGCUGGGUCGUGGUGGUGGGAGUAGGUAUAGAGUGAUGGAAGUGUGACAUUAAUUUUUCAGAAUAAAUGCCCCUGUCUUUUCCAGUCCACCCUAGCUGGAAAAAACGGCAUCAAUUUUCUGUUUUUAAAAGGAAAUUAUUUAGCAAGGAUUCAGCCCAAAUAGAGGGUGUUUGAAAAUCUAUAUUUUAUUUAUUUGUUUGUUUGUCUUGUAUAAGCAAAAAUAGGAGGUUAUAACUAAACCUGUUUUGACACCUAGAGUUUGGCAUUCUCUGCUAAGCAAACAUUAUAAUACCACAUAUGUAACCAUUUCACUGAAGGAUCUCAGAGUACUUUACAAACGUUAGUCAGGCAUCACAACACUCCUGUUAUUAAGGCACAGAGGGUUCAGUGACCAGUUCUGCAGGAUGCUGAGUGCCCUUGGUUGUCCUGUCUUUAAUGGGAACUGAGGGAGUCUCAGCACUUCCCAGCUGCUCAGCACAUCAUAGGAUCAGGCUAUAUGUGACUUGCCUAUGUCACACAGCAAUGCCUAGAAGUCGUGACUCUUAGCUCUUUGCUAUGCCUACUAGAUUGCACUCCCUUGGGUAACAGAGAUGCUGCUUGAAAAGAAAGGCAUUGUAUAGCCAGCUGAAGUACUACCUGCCAAAAAUAAGAUGAGAGGGAAUGAAAGUCCCAGAUCAUGGCAAUUACCACAUUUCCACCUGAGUGAGAUGGAAUUGAAUUACCUGUUAUUAGUUCCCCCCUCCGGAUCCCAGACUCCAUAUGCCUUUCAGGAAUCUGUCUAGGAAACACUGACAUUCUAUCUCGCUCUCUUAAUACCACGUGGCUUAGCUCUUUGUCAUUAUUUGUGGAACCCUUCCACAAAGUUCCCCUGGGAAAGAUAAAUUAACUAAUAGAUUUUUCUGCACUGAUUAUUCUCUCUCUUCCUUUUCCCAAAGCACAUCACACCUCUCCACUUCAUGUCAGGCACCCCUACUCUAGGCACCGACAAACCACCCACCUCAGUCCUACACCUCCAUACAGACCUCCCACCCAAACACCGAGAAACAAUCCGCUCUCGCCCGCUUUCAGCAUUGACAAACCACCCCUUCUUCGAGCCCUUACACGGGGAACCCCUUCACCUCUCUUACCCAUCUCCUCACAGUUAAGUCGACCAACACCUCCCACUCCCACCAGCACGCUCCAUACACCAUACUCCUACAGCUCCAUCGCACAGCCCUGGCCCCUACACUCUGACAACCCGCCCUCACUCAAAUCCCACUGCACCUCUCCAUUACACACCCCUAAAAGGAAACCACUCCAGCCACCGCUUGCGUCCUUCGCCCCUACCGUCCCACCGCUACGGCUACAUUACCCAGUUCCCCACCGCCAAACACCCUGUCCCUCUCUUCCAGCCCCUACACACUGCUCACCCCUCCGCCGUAACAGGCGCACCGCACACCCUGACUCCCAGCUUCAGCUGCCCUACAUGCAGCAGACUUCUCUAGCUGCCUUGCAUGCACUCCAAAAUCUCCCCCGUCUCUGUCCGUCACACGUCUCACUCCUGCUGAGAUGCACACAGACCCGCCAUGCCCACCUCCUCACACACACUCCUCCAACAGGCGCGCCCCGCCCCAAUCCCGCACCGGAUACCUAGACACCACCCCUCCGCUCGCUCCUCUCGCACCGGGGGCCCGGACAGAAGGAGAGCACGGGGCCCAGGGGCCGGCUGACGCGUGUGAACUGCCCAGGGGUCACUCCCCCGCCAGAGCGGUGUGCGGCUGACAUCCAAUCCCCUCCCGCGCCAACCCGCGGGCAGUGACAGCGGGACCUGCCCCCGCCACGCCGGCCGGCCGGCUAUAUAAAACUCGGGCUCGGAUUCCCUGAGCUGCGAAGGCGAGGGAGCGAAAACGGGGCGAGCGAGCGAGCGAGGGAGGAAGGAGUGCCGCUGCUUGAGCAGGCAGCCGCUCCAAACCCGCGGGGAAGGAGAGCGGAACAUUGAGACCUGUCCAGGGAGAAGGGGCGAGACCCGGGCAGGAGAAGGGGCAGGCGGAGAGAGGAAGGGAAGCGCGCAGCAGGCUGGCCGCGGAGCUGAGCACUCUCUGGGAGCGCUAACAGGUGCGGCGAAGUGACCCUGCCCGCUGUCCCGCUCCGCCUCCUCACUCUUACACCGCGAGUAGGGGGGUCCCUGCUGCGGGGGCUUGUCUGUCACCCCCGUUUCUCCCCCCCGCCCGAGUCCCGCUGAGGACCUCGGCCACUCCCAGCAGGUCUCAGGGCUCUCGGCGGGUGGCCGCGAUGGUGGAAGAUAACGCAGACACCACCUCCAGCUCUGGGGAGAAGAGCCGCGGGGGAUGCCCGGACCAGCGGCAGCCGGAGGAGUGGGAGAUGGAGAAGUCGGUGCAGGGCCCCCCAGGGCAGCCCGGAGGCAGCCGCUUGGUGGGAGGCAGCUACCCGCAGAAAAACGCCGAGAUCCUGAGCAGCCAGUACGGCAUCAACUUGUUCCUAGCCGGGCUGCUGCUCAUGUUCGCCUGGGCUGUGCAUGCGGUGGGCAUCAGGAAGCAGGAUCUGCUCUCCUAUCUCAUCACCAUCAUGCUCAUCCAGCUGCUCUGGAUGCUGUGGUACAUCUGCAGGAGCUACACCCAGAGGAGGCUGAUCCAAGAGAAAGACACCCACGCAGGAGCCCGCUGGUUAAAGUGUGGGAUUACAUUAUUUGCCGUGAUUACUUUAAUUCUGGACUCUUUUAAAAUUGGAUACUUUAUUGGAUUUUCAAACUGUUUAUCAGCAACUGAAGGCAUUUUUCCUGUCACACAUGCAGUGCAUACGCUUUUACAGGUGUAUUUUCUUUGGUGUCAUGCCAAGGAUAUUAUCCAGUCUUUCAAAACACUUGAAAGGUUUGGGGUGAUCCAUUCCGUGUUUACAAAUUUACUCCUGUGGACAAACGGAGUGUUAACAGAAUCAAAACACCAACUCAAUGAACACAAGGAAAGACUAAUCACACUUGGUUUUGGAAACAUAACAAUAGAUGACCAGGUACCCGAAUGUAAUUGUACAACAACUCUCUGUUCGAUAUUUUCUCAAGGAAUGUAUUACCUUUAUCCCUUCAACAUAGAGUAUCAUAUUUUAGCAUCCACAAUGCUCUAUGUCCUGUGGAAGAAUAUCGGACGCAAAGUAGAACACCACCACCAACACAAAAUACUGUUCAAGUUUCAUGGCAUAACAGUGGGCAUGAUUUUUGGACUAAUUGUGCUGAUUAGCACAAUAGCAGUCGUUGUUGUGUACUUAAUUCAGAUGGGACGUUCGAAAAUCAAGAGUGAGUUAGCACUUACUAUGUUUUACUUAUAUGGUAUCUCCGUACUGACUCUUAUGUGUGCAACUGGAAUUGUCGCCCUUCUAAUUUACAGACUAGAAGAAAGAUCAAUGGAUAAUUCAAAAAAUCCUGCCAGGAAACUUGAUGCAGACCUAUUAGUUGGCACAGCUUCAGGUUCUUGGCCUCUCUCUUGGGGUUCUAUCCUAGCGAUUAUCUGUGCCCAGUCUCAUCCGAAAUACACAUGGUACAAUCUUCCCUAUUCCAUCCUGGUUAUUAUUGAGAAAUAUAUUCAGAAUCUCUUUAUCAUUGAGUCCAUACUUCGUGAAGAGGAAAAAGUGAAUGAUAAUAUUAAAACUCUUCGAAUAGGAACUGUAUCCAGUGGGAGCACUCUGUCACUUACCCCAUCAUACAAAGAAAUUUACACUGGAGCAGCUGAUAUGGACAAUGGAAAGUUUCCAUACAUGUUUGAUGGGAAUAUCUACAUGAGAGAAAGAAGUGGCGGUGAUGGUUUUGAUGAAGUCAGGAGUCAAGCUAGCAGUCCAGUCACACACUCAACCUCCAAUUUCUCACUGUACAGUCGAAACUCAGUUAACAAUAAGAGGAGAAUCCUGAAGAACAUUGCAGCAUUUUUAUUCCUGUGUAAUCUUUCGCUUUGGAUUCCACCAGCAUUUGGUUGCCGCCCAGAGUAUGACAAUGGACUGGAAGAAAUAGUUUUUGGUUUUGAACCUUGGAUAAUUGUUGUUAACCUUGCAAUGCCUUUUUCUAUUUUCUAUCGAAUGCAUUCAGCUGCCUCACUCUUUGAGGUGAGUUGCAAAACAUAAUCUAUAAAGAGUCUCAGUGAACAAUUGGUUGAAUGCAUGACUGAAUAAAUGAAAGGGUGAAAGAAUGAAUACACCAGCAGCUGUUUGAUAUUAACAGGUUCUACAACUAUUUUAAUAAACAAAACUAUAGUUAAUAGAACUUAAUAUUCAAUAUAAUUCAUUCCCCCCCACAUUUUAUUGUACUUCUUUUUGACAGACUUUUCAAUAUCAUUGUAGAGUAAAGUUAACCAAAAUGUGUCUGAAUCUUUUGCUGUCUAAAUCAUCUGAGGCUCAACAUGUGGAAACAAGAUAUAUUUUCUGUGUUGUUUGUAUUGAUGCAGUUCUCCUCUGAAUGUUGCCUCUGGAUGGGAUUUUUCAAAAAUUAGAAGCAAAGAUCCCAUUGCCUUUCCAUCAGACCUACGCUCCUACAUUACUUAGGCACCUUUGAAAAUCUCACCUUCAAUUUUUAGCAAAAUGUUUUAUAAUAUAAACUGGAAACAUAAUCUGUUAUUUAGAUGGGAAAAUUCUGUUUAAUUUUCGGACUGAGAAAAAUAAUAUGUUAUCAUCUUCCUGAGUACUCUGUAUGAAAGUACAGACACUGUAUAGAUUUAGAUAUGGUACUGUAUAUAAUUCCUUAUGAGUUAAACAUGAUUUUAUUCAUGAACUCCCAUUGUUUUAUACUUACUAUAUGAAAUAACUAAUGAAUAAAGUUAAUUUC